UUGUAGUAGUCAUUUACACGUACAUCUCCGUUCUCACACAGGAGAAAAGCCUUUUGAGUGUACUGUGUGCAACAAAGCAUUUUCUAGAAGUGAUUCUCUUCAAGCGCACCUCCGAACUCACAAAGGAGAAAAGCUUUUUGAGUGUACAGUGUGCAACAAGAAAUUUAUUCGAAGUGACUCUUUGGUGGUACAUCUCCGAACUCACACAGGAGAAAAGCCUUUUGGGUGUACUGUGUGCAAUAAGAAAUAUGCCCAAAGUGGUUCUCUUCAAGUGCACCUCCGAACGCACACAGGAGAAAAGUCUUUUGAGUGUACUGUGUGCAACAAAACAUUUUCUUGUAGUGGUCAUUUACACGUACAUCUCCGUUCUCACACAGGAGAAAAGCCUUUUGAGUGUACUGUGUGCAACAAAACAUUUUCUUGUAGUAGUCAUUUACACGUACAUCUCCGUUCUCACACAGGAGAAAAGCUUUUUGAGUGUACUGUGUGCAAUAAGAAAUAUUCCCAUAGUGGUUCUCUUCAAGCGCACCUCCGAACGCACACAGGAGAAAAGCCUUUUGAGUGUACCGUGUGCAUUAAGAAAUUUUCUACAAGUAGUUAUCUUCGAGUCCAUCUUCGCACUCACACAGGAGAAAAGCCUUUUGAGUGUACUGUGUGCAACAAAGCAUUUGUUAGAAGUGAUUCUCUUCAAGCACACCUUCGAACUCACAGGAGAAAAGCCUUUUGAGUUUACAGUGUGCAACAAAAUAUUUUCUCGUAGUAGUCAUUUACACGUACAUCUACGUUCUCACACAGAAGAAAAAGCCUUUUGAAUCUUCAUGUUCACCUCCGAACUUACACAGGAGAAAAUCCGUUUGAAUGUACUGUGUGCGCCAGAACAUUUACUACAAGCUGGAAAUUACGUGUACAUCUCCGAACACACACAAGAGAAAUGAUCUUUUCGUGUACUGUGACUGUGAGCAGUAAGAAAUUUUUCGAUGUGAUCUCCAAAUCCUUUCCCGAACUCUCACAGGGGAAAGCCUUUUGAGUAAAAUUGUACCUUUGCAAGGAGUUACUUGUAUGUCUGCAUCUAUACCUAUAUUUUAACCUGAGAAAAGCGGUUUGGCUAAAGUUGGAACUGUUGUAUACCUUUUUACUUUGACCUCAGUGUAAAUAUGUUUUUUUUUGUCAGUCCGCAGCACAAAACUAACGAAAUAUUAAAACAUAAUAAUGUUCAUUAUGAAAGAAAGCAGUGUUUUUCCAUGUUUAUUUAAUUCAAAACAAUUGAAUGAAUCAUCAGGAGCUGUCCAUUAACCACUAAGACAGUUUGGUCGCGAAAGAUCUACGAUUGUAAAUUGACGGACCUACAGUAAAUCAAGAUUAGAAGCCCUGUCUCGUAUACGGAAAGUUCUGAAACUACAAUAAUUUUUUGAAGAGUGAUUUUGCCAAUUUCAAAUAACGACUGAAGCUA